AUGAAAUUCUUUGAGAACGUGUUUACCUACGACUACUCCUUCCCUGCCGUCUCUCUCGCCUACUUCCUUCGCUAUCCUAAUCCCUACUCGCGCCAUGUGUUGACGACCGACGUGAUCGAUCGUUAUGUCGAUCCCCAAACCCAACGCCUGCACACCGUUCGAUUGCACUUGAAAAAAUCCAAAGUGCCCUCCGGAAUCCUCAAACUUCUUCCCAAGGGAAUGAGUGGAUCCGACAGCUCUGGCCAGAGCUACAUCCUCGAGACCACCAUCGUGGAUCCCAUUGAGGGCUGGAUGGAGACCGAGUCGCGUAACAUGGAAUGGACAGGCAUCUUGAGUGUCGUGGAGAAGCAGCGAUACCAACGCCAGCUGACUGAUGGGAGCGAGCAAACUCUCGACGGUCUCUCAAUCGAUAAAAAGGAGCAGACGACCGUGCGAACAACCGUCACGUUCUUAUCUCGCCUCGGUCAGGGCAAGUUGCUCACACGCAAAAAAGCAGACUCUGCGGAUCAGUCGGACUCGGAGGAAGAGGCGCCCAAGAAGGGAUUUUUCUCUUCCCUCUCCACCGCCGGCAUUCAGCGGACCAUUGAAUUGAUCGGCGUCAGUAGGACUCGGGACGCGAUUGUGAAAAGCAAGCAGGGCAUGAAUGUGGUCCUAGAGCGACUGCGCCAUGGUGGCAUCGUUGGUGUACUUGAAGGCAUGCGUCAAGAUCGCGAAGCCAUUCUUGGGCCAGAUGGACCAUGGAAACGCGUGUGGAUGCAGGGCAAUGGUCGCGUCUACAAUGAUGAUGACGAUAAUUGA